AUGUCCAUUGAGCUCGAUUGGUCUCGUCUAUCGACAUUAUCCAACCGGAUACUUGCUCUACUCAACCAGCAUUUGGAAACGGCGGAUCGACCCUCAUUCCUGGGUCCAGUCACUAUCGACUCAUUCGAAUUUGGUGAAGUAGCGCCAGACGUCACGCUCGUGGAUAUUCGGGACAUCUACCGCGACUUUCUGGAGGAGGAUGAAGGCAGCAACUCUGAAGACGGAAGCUCCAGCUCAGAAGGCGAGCGGGAAGGAAUGAGAUGGGAUCAAAGAGGAGAAGAAGGAAGCUACUGGAAGUCGGGCAGACAGGCGCAAAAACCAGGCCAUCCAACAAGAGAGGAAACCAGGGAUGACGAUGACUUCGAGUGGGUCAGUCGUCGUGGGGCAGGACAGGGUGUUGCCGAAACUGGACCUGGUUAUCAUCCAUUUCCUCCUCAUUUUCGAUACGGAGGUACAGGAUCCUCGGGCAGCUUGCUUGAUCCGUCCCUCCCUUUGGAAUUUGGUCGAAGCUGGAGUCAUAGAAGUCUAUUCGAACCGUCGAAUAGCAGCCAACCCGAGGAUAUCAACAUCAAGGACGAGAAGUCGUCCGGGCGACCUAAACCGACUAGUAUCACUACCAAUACUAUACCCCAAACUAUUCCUGUUCCAACCGCCGCCCCUCCGAGCGAUGCCGACACAGAAAAUGACCUACAGUUCCAUCUCCGCGUCAUUUAUAAUGCAGAUAUGCGCAUCAGUAUAAGCACAUCCCUUUUGCUCAACUACCCGACUCCACUCUUUAUGGCUCUUCCCAUACAACUCACCAUUGUCGGGUUCGAGUUCGAGGCAGAAGUUGUCGUAGCGUAUCAGAACUCGCGCAAGCGAGUACACGUCUGUGUGCUUGAUGACUUGAAUCCAUAUCGGCCAGCUUCGGCGUCCAAUCCUGGGGACCUAGCUGAUGAACAUCGUUCGCGAUUCGAGGACGGGAGUACCCCCGGGAUGCGAAUACUUCCUCAUAUAUUUAUCGAAUCGGAGAUUGGACAAGCGGAUAAGCAAGUUCUCCGUAAUGUCUCGCGUCGAGAGAUUCAUCCAAGACAUGAUCAGAAGCACACUCGAGGAUGA